AUGCAAAAAUAUGUGUUCUCAUUCGCUGCAUCUGAAUUUGUAAAUUUUCGUUGGAUUGAAUUCAAGUCUUUGGCUGAAAUUGAACAACUUAGUUAUUCUGUUAGUGAAUCUAAAGAUGAUUGGUUGAGGCCAUAUAUUGUGGUCGAAAUGGAAAAUGAUGAUUCUGUUUUGUCAAUUAUUAAACGCAGCGUUUUAAUCAAGUCUGCUUUUCAUUUAUGGUGUGAAGCAGCAACCUUAUCAGAAUUAAUUCAACAGGUUGCCAAUCUUCCUAAUGAGUUGAUAGAUCCUUAUUUAAAUGGUUGUGGCACUUUCAAAAUAGUUUUAAGUUCUGCUCAUAAGAAGCUCAAACAAGAGGAGAAAAUACCUAUAAUAGAAACUAUUCUUGAUGCCCAUGAGAGGAUCGAUGCCCAAGUUUCUUUAUCAUCACCAGAUCAUCAAAUCAACAUUCUUCUAGAAUACACCCUAAGAACCUUGGAAAGAAUACAAUUAGUUCUGGGUAUAAGAAGAAAUAUGAUGAACGACUAUCGUCUAUCAGAAAGAGCUCACUUAGGCAAUACAACUAUGAAUGUAACAUUAGCAGCAAUAAUGGCUAAUGUGGGACUUUGUCGAAAAUCAUCUUUUGUUUGGGAUCCUUUCAUCGGUACCGGAAGUACAGUAAUAGCAGCUUCUGUAUGGGGUUCAUUCGGUGGUGGUUCAGAUAUAGAUUAUUCUGUACUUCAUGGAAUAGGAAUGUCUCCAAAAGCUGGUCAGGAAAGACGUUGUGGUGAAACAUUACGAUCGAAUUAUGAACAGUACAAAUUGGAAUCACGUUAUUUAGAUGUCAUGGUGGCUGAUAUAGUAUCAUUACACAAAUUUUUACGUAUUCCUCAUGGUGGUUUAUUCGACGCAAUAAUAACUGAUCCACCCUAUGGAUUUCGUGAACGUAGUUGUAAAGUAUCUGAACAACCAGUUGAACGUAAACCUACUCUUGUCACUAGACAUCGACUAGCUGAAAUUAUGGGCGUAAUGCAUAUUGGUGAUGAAAAUCACAAUGGGAAUAAGGAUGAAGUUGAUGAGGAAUCUUUAAUUCUGGUACCACAUGACUUACCACACUUCCCACACAAAGAAGUAUAUCCAGUUAAUAAAAUAUACAAAGAUUUAUUGGAUUUAGCAGCUUAUCUUUUAUAUCCCAAUGGACGUUUAGUAUUUUGGAUACCAGUAUUACGUUCAGAAUUUAUUGGUGUAAAAUCUUUACCUCAUCAUCCUAGUUUUCGUUUACUUGCAGCUUGUGAACAGACUUUAAAUACACGUAACUCAAGGUACAUGGUAGUAAUGGUGAAGUUGGAUACUAAUCAACAAUUAAAUGAUCUAUCUAAUGAAAAUGAAGAUUUAAUAUUUCCAGCUGUUUAUGCCAAAUAA